AUGACUUCCUCAGCCGUUAUCUCCAAUACUGAGAAUCUUCUCAAGUAUCUCAGUCUCGACCAAAAGGGCAAGGUUCUUGCCGAGUACAUCUGGAUUGACGCCGAGGGCGGUGUUCGCUCAAAAACCAAGACUCUCUCCAAGGCUGUGACCUCCGCCGACGAGCUCCCCGAAUGGAACUUUGACGGUUCUUCUACCGGCCAGGCCCCUGGCGACAACUCCGACGUCUACAUUCGCCCAGUUGCCAUCUACCCUGAUCCCUUCCGCGGUGGCGACAACAUCCUUGUCCUGUGUGAGACCUGGGAUUCCGACGGCACCCCCAACAAGUUCAACCACCGCCAUGAGGCCAACAAGCUGAUGGACACCCACGCCAGCCAGCACUUCUGGUUCGGUCUCGAGCAAGAAUACACCCUUCUCGGACCCGACGGAUGGCCAUUUGGCUGGCCCAAGGGCGGUUUCCCCGGUCCCCAGGGCCCUUACUACUGCGGUGUUGGUACCGGCAAGGUCUACUGCCGUGACAUUGUCGAAGCUCACUACAAGGCCUGCAUGUACGCCGGCAUCAACAUCUCCGGUAUCAACGCCGAGGUCAUGCCCGCCCAGUGGGAGUACCAGGUCGGUCCCUGCGAGGGUAUCGAGAUGGGUGACCACCUCUGGCUCUCCCGUUUCCUCCUCCACCGUGUCGCCGAAGAGUUUGGUGUCCAGAUCUCUUUCCACCCCAAGCCCAUCCAAGGCGAAUGGAACGGUGCCGGUCUUCACACCAACGUCUCUAACGACGACACCCGUGCCGAUGGUGGCAUGAAGGCCAUCGAGGCUGCCAUGAAGAAGCUCGAGUCGCGCCACGUUGAACACAUUGCCGUCUACGGUGAGGGCAACGAGGAGCGUCUUACUGGUCGUCACGAGACCGGUUCCAUUGACAAGUUCUCAUACGGUGUCGCCGACCGUGGUGGUUCCAUCCGCAUUCCCCGCCAGUGCGCCAAGGAUGGCAAGGGAUACUUUGAAGAUCGCCGCCCGGCCUCCAACGCCGAUCCUUACCAGGUCACCGGUAUUAUCGUCGAGACUCUCUGCGGUGGUGCCAACUAA